AUGAACGGGGCGUGGGGUGACCCUCAGGUCAUAGACCUGCUUUCCGAUGAUGAGGACGUUUUCUACGAUUACGACGAUGACAGCGGAUAUGAACCCGACGCCGUUCCAGACUUUGGACCGGUUGAAUUUGAGAACGAAGAGAACUGGGUGCCUAAUUAUGAUGGCUUUGGCCUCGAUGUCGCUGCUCAACCCGGCCCACUUGGAUUUGAAUUGGCCCGGGAACCAGAUGUCGACUUCAUACGCCCCAGACCCGCUGGCCUCGCUCAACCUGAUCCAGUACCAGCACCCAACCCCGCACAUAAUAACCCCAUGGACGUUGAAGUCGACAUUGCACCGGGGGAGCUCCUCAAUACCGCUGCCUGCCUGCAGAUGGUAGUACAGAUUCUACCGGACAUCUCCAUCGACUACGUGCUCGCACUUAUUGCAGAUCUAACACAAGACAAUACGCCCACACCAGAAGCUUGCCAACGCAUCGUUACCAAGAUUCUUGACGACGAAGGGUAUCCGAAGGAAGAAGAAGAAGCCACUCGAAAAAGGAAGCGCGAGCGCAGCGUGAGUGAUUUCGAAGAAGUAGACGGGAACAGGCUACCUCCAGAGUACAAGGAUGAUGCGGUCGACUUACUCAAAGACGAAUUCGUCCACGUUCCAGUCAGACAUAUCCAGCACGUCAUCAAAGAGCACAAAACGUUUUACAGAGCGUACGGAGUCAUCGAGGAACAGCUGCGCGACUAUUCCCGCAACACACCGUUUACAAAAGUCAUCAAAGCGCGCGUCAGACGAGGUACCGAAGUGAAGCUCAUCGGACGUGGGAGCCAGAUGCCGAAGGAAUUACAGGCCGCCAAAAAGAAGUGCGAGGAAGCCGCUACCAAGCGCCGCAAAGCCGAAGACGCCUCACGAGAGGAAGAAGAUAACCUUAGAGAAGCCGUUCUGACGGGAGACAUGACUGAGUGUCAGUGCUGUUUCGACGAAAUUCCUCUGAACCGUACGAUAGGCUGUGGUGGUGCGACAAUGCACUUCUUCUGCAAGGAGUGCGUGAAGAAAUACGUCGAAAGCGAGAUAGGCAGCUCACGAUGUCGGCCGGUCUGCUUUGCGGAUCCGACCUGCGGUGGCGGCUUCACCCGUAAACAGCUACAAAACUGCCUUGCCGACACAACUUUCGAUCGACUCGAACGCAUGCAACAGAUGCAAGAGCUGGAGAAAGCUGGGUUGACUCUCGACGAAUGUCCUUUUUGUGACUUUAGACAAGAAUGUCCUCCGGUUGAGGAAGACAAGGAGUUUCGUUGUUUGAAUCCGAAAUGUCAAAAAACAAGCUGCCGCCUUUGCCAGAAAGAAACACAUAUCCCAUUGAGCUGUGAGGAGGCAAAGAAGGAUGAGAAACUUACGGUCAGACAUAUUGUGGAGGAGGCCAUGUCCGCAGCUCUAAUACGCAACUGCAACAAAUGCAAACGCCCUUUCAUCAAAGAGCUGGGAUGCAACAAGAUGUCUUGCUCGCACUGCGGCAAUCAACAAUGCUACGUUUGUUCUCAAGACAUCAGAGACUACAACCAUUUCAGCGACUACAGCGCAGGUCGAACAGGAUGCCAGCUGCAUGAUAAUGUCGAGAAUCGCCACGAGCGGGAAGUCAAGAAGGCUGCCGAUGAAGCCAUGGCAAAAGCCAAAGUCGAAAACCCGGGAUUGUCAGACGCCGAUAUCAUAGUAGAAGUCUCAGACCGCGUCAAGCGGGCUGAACAACAACGGCUCGGUCGCGCGCAGUUAGCUCAUCAAGGCUUCAAUUUCCACAUGGCUGGAGGUGCACUCGUACAUCGCGCACCUCCAGCCAACCCGCCUGCUGCUCCAGCCCCAGCAGUAGCCCUAGCACAACAACAGUAUGUACCAGCACCGCAUUUCCAACCCCUUGCAGCGAUCGUUCCCCACCAACAGCACAUAUUCCUUCAUCAGCCGCAAAUGUUUCCGCAAGCGCAAUUCAAUGCUGCUCCAGCACUGCAAGCAAAUCUUGUACCACCACCCCUUCAGCCGCUUCUAGGGUAUCCUGCUCCAGCACAGAGACCGCCAGUGGGUGUGGUACCAUUGCAACCUCUGCAAGCACCAAACCCGCUGUUGCAACAGCAACCCCGCGGCUACGAUCUCCUCGAUCUUGCUCAAGCGCCAUUUCGACUUUUUCAAGGACUCGCUGGGAGACAGCAAGCACGGCCAGCAGAGCAAGCGCAAGCGCCAGGCUACGUUCCCCGUGCCCUUGCCUUUCAACAACUGGAAGAUGACCCGCAUCGUGCCCUGCGGGCGAAUAUCAUUCGUCUACAGGCUGAGAAUGUGCGUCGUGUGCGUAUGCUCGGCGACCAGUUCCAGUUGGACAACGGUCGGCCACAUGCUCCUCAACCGCCGCCUGCAGGGCAAAGGAACUUAUUGGACUAG